AUGUCUACUACUACUCAGACAAUGACAGCCGGUCCAAAUCCCGGCCAAUCCGCAAAUGGAAGCGUGGUAGAGCGCAUUAAAGCCAGAGCCAUAGCGUCACGUGAGAAGUCUAAAGCAAACCCUCCCGGCGGCAGGCGCACUUCUCAGCCGGCCAAGAAAGAUAUGCCGAAUUAUCCUGGCCUGGAACGCUGGAGUUUGAUUGAGAAGAUCGGAGAUGGCGCUUUUAGCACGGUUUACCGUGCGAGCGAUACCAAGUCCGAGUUCAAUGAAGUUGCCGUCAAGGUCAUGCGGAAGUAUGAAAUGAACGACAAGCAGAAACAAAAAUUGGUCAAGGAGGUGGAGAUUGCCCGCAAGCUCAAGCAUGACAACGUGGUUCAACUUAUCGACUCCUCCGAAACGCGCCAGUAUAGCUAUAUGGUCUUGGAGCUUUGCCCCGGAGGCGAACUAUAUCAUCAAAUUACACAACUCACAUCGCUGGACGAGAGCUUGAGUCGAAAUGUGAUAAAGCAAGUUGCGAAAGCUGUCAAGUAUUUGCACGAGACCAUGGGUAUCGUUCACCGAGACAUUAAACCCGAAAACAUUCUAUUUUAUCCCAAGUCUGGAACUGUGGGCCCGGAAGAAAGCAAUAUCGGUGUGGUCAAACUCGCAGAUUUCGGUCUAUCGAAGAUGAUAUGCGGUGUUCCUACGAUGACUCCCUGCGGCACCAUGGGUUAUGCCGCACCCGAGCUGUGCAGGGAACAGAAGUAUACCACCGGUGUGGACAUGUGGGCUCUCGGAUGCCUUCUUUACACCAUGCUAGGAGGCUUCCCUCCCUUCUACGACGAGGACUUCCAAGUCAUGGCCCGUAAAGUUCUCCGAGCAGAGUAUACAUUCGCAUCGCCCAACUGGGAUCCUAUCUCUCCCGAGGCAAAGGACCUUAUUUCCGGCCUUCUGGCCGUCCGCCCUGAAGAACGAUUGAAUAUUAAGGAAUUCCUCGCUCAUCCUUGGAUCCGCCAAACCUCAGAGAGCCAACCCCCGAGUGAAGCUGCAACCCCUAGAAUUGAAACUCCGGGUGCCGGGCCCCUGUCGGCUCCACUUGGAAACGCAGCCAUGGAUCCAUUCCAAGAAGCCAUUUACAGCGCACCCGGCUCGCCUGCUGCUCAUACCCCGAACAUUCGAGACAUUUUCAACGUUGCUCUCUCCGUGCAACAACAAACACCCGACCGCAGACCUCGUGGAUCAAAGCACAUGUCCGCGGGAGUCAGACCCAAUAUGAGGCCUGCGCCCAUGACCCGCUUCUCGGAUAUGAAUAUGGAUAACUGCACACCCUCCUCACUUGCACGGAGCCGGCCGCAUGCCGUCAAUCGUGCGAAUAGAAUCCCAUCAAGCGAGACGACGACUGGGAAUAGAUUCAACAAGGCAGUCAGUUCGCUUUACAAUCUCAACCUCAACAACAGUACGUUGCUUGAGAAGAGGAGGAUGCGCUGCGGUGGUGCCUCAACCCCAACCCGCCACUAA